AUGCAGCUUGAGAAAUCACAAUUGUGUCAAGUUGGAAUAUUCAUUCACUGUGGUGGGGAAAAUGAUGAUGACUCUGACCAGAACUGGAAACCACCAGAAAAUGACCUGAUCCAGAAGUUAAUAGCACAGAUUGAAUAUUACUUCUCAGAUGAGAACCUUGAAAAAGAUGCCUUCCUUCUAAAGCAUGUGAGAAGAAAUAAGAUGGGCUAUGUCAGUGUUAAGCUCCUUACUUCUUUUAAGAAGGUAAAACACCUUACCCGUGACUGGAGAAGCACAGCCUAUGCACUGAAGUACUCGGACACUCUUGAGCUCAAUGAUGAUAACAGAAAGGUUAGAAGAAAGACUCCAGUUCCAGUGUUUCCAAGUGAAAACCUCCCUACCAGGAUGAUACUGGUGUAUGAUAUCCACAUGACUUCUGAGCUGCAAGCUCAUAACAAACAAGAAAAUGGAUGCAUGCAAGAAAGGAUAAUGGAGCAUCUCCUCAAAGCCUUUGCAACUUUCGGUGUAAUUUCAUCAGUUCGUAUUCUCAAGCCUGGUCGGGAUCUACCACCAGAGAUCAGGAGGGUCAGCAAUCAGUACACCCAACUGGGAACUCAGGAAUGUGCAAUUAUAGAAUUUGAAGAAGUAGAUGCUGCUGUACGUGCUCAUGACUUCAUCUGUGCAGAAAACAAAGAGCCUGGGAUGAAAGUUGUCCUAAUAGGUGUGAAACCUCCAAAGAAAAAAGUUCCCAAAGACAAGAACCGUGAAGAAGGUACCAGCAAGAGUCUUAAGAAGGGUAGAUCCCUUAAUAAGAGAGUGGAGGAACUUCAGUUUGUUGGUGAUGAAUCUUCAGCCAAUAGCUCUUCUGACCCAGAGAGUAAUCCUACAUCGCCACUGUCGGGACGCAGAAGUACUGCAACAAAAACUACGAGUAACUUGAGCCCCGUCAUUCACCCCAACAACCAUUUGAGUCCCAAUGUGUCACCCAGGUCGAGUCCUUGGAACAGUCCAUCUUCACUAAGAAAAGCAACCAAAAAAUCUCCACUGGCUGAAGACAGCAAGCUUAAUCCCAGCACUAGCCCUGAAGUUCUAAGGAGAUGUACCGAUUACUCCUCAGACAGCAGUAUCACUCCUUCUGGUAGCCCCUGGGUACAGAGAAGAAAAGCUCAAACUGUAAUGCUAGAGAAGAGUCCGGUCAGUAGCCCCAUGUUAGCUCAGAAAAUACAAAAUGCAGAUGGUCUUCCUGUAGGAGUGCUGCGGCUGCCGAAAGGUCCGGACGGCACUAAAGGAUUCCACAAUGGAUGUGAAAGGAGGAGGGCUAACAAAGAAUGA